AUGAGUGCUUUAGAACUAUUUAAAGUGCUCGGGGAUGAGUCGAAUAGACCGCCUUCGCCACCGAAACAUAUACUAAAGAAGAGGAAACCGACGCAGUCGGAACGAGUUAAAAGAUAUUGGCCAGGAAAGGCGCCAGAUUACGCAGCUGAGCAGGAUUCAUACUCAGAUGAGUCAUCCCCUGAGGAUGAGCCAGAAGUUAAAGUAGAUAGUGAGCCGGAUCGCAGGUUAAACAGAUAUAAAAUAACACAAGUUGAAGUGGCUCAAAAUGACUCCGAAAGGAUUCGAAGAAGGAAGGCACAAGUUGAGACGAUAACAGUUUACCAAUCGGAUUUAAAUAAGGAAGGUGGAAGAUCAGGUGAAAGAACAUCUGAAACCAAAUUAGAUGAUAAAUUAAGUAUUACUAAGCUUGAUGCGGACUCUUCUGAGAAGAGAUUGGAUAGAAACACGCUCAGAAGACUAGCAUUAGAAUAUCGCAAGCAUGAGGAGGAAAAGUUGUCAUCCAAAGUGGGAGAAGUAGGAGAAAAUGAAGUAGAAGAGGAGGAACCAGAAAGCUUAGAAGAGUCGGAGUACAACGAAAACGAGGAGGACGAGGACGACACAGAUGCACUAUCGAAGCCAAUAUUCGUUCCAAAAGGUAGUAGAACAACAGAAUCGGAAAAGGAGCAGCUGAGAAAGGAAGAAAUGUUGAGGAAGCAGAAUGAAAAGAAACGGUUACAGGAGCGAAAAAGAGACACGAAGGAAAUGAUAAUAAAGAAGGUGCAAGAGUUGGAGGACGAGCAGGAGGAAGAGGAAGAAGAUUUAAUAGACGACACAGAUAACCUAGACGAGAAGGAGUAUGAACUGUGGAAGAUUCGAGAACUCAAAAGAAUACUCAGAGACAAGGAAGAGAGGGAGAAGUUUAAAAAACUGGAGGAGGAAGUUAAGUUGAGGAGAACUAUGACCGACGAGGAAAGGGCUCUGGAUAACGAGAAGGCGGAUAAGGUGGUGGUCGAAAAGGGAAAACUCCGCUUCCUGCAGAAAUACUACCACCGAGGAGCGUUCUUCAUGGACAAGCUGCAGGAUAAGUCGGAGCCGCUGUACGCGAGGGAUUUCAACGCUCCGACGGCUGACGACCUCGUCGACAAGAGCAUGCUGCCGAAGCCGAUGCAAGUGAGGAGAGGGCUCUACGGCAAGCACGGCCAGGUCAAGCACACGCACCUCAAGGACGUCGACACGACGCAAUUCGACGCCUGGGCGAAAACGGACAAAUUUAAACUGGCAGGUACCAAACAGGUAUUCGAUAGACCAUCAAAGAAGAAGUAA